AAGACGCACUGUGUAUCUUUGUCUCUACUCGAUUAUGUCCAUCGUGUAUUGGGGAAUCCGCCACCUUCCGACACGUGGCCCUGUAUCAUGGAAUCUUUUUACUAUGGGCAGCUAAUUAGCACCAGAAUCUCACACCCCCACAAAAGAACGAAAAUCUCUCAAUCGGUCACCUUGGAACUAUCUUCCUAGUCCUUUGCGUGCAACAACCAUGUUCAAUCGGUCAUGCAACGCCCAUUUUUCACUUGUCAUUUGAGGUGACUGCCUCAUUGUUCCACAUCACUGUGUUAUAAAGAAAUCGCAUUGGGUCACUAUGUCACGAUUUCGAUGCCUCCGAGAUGUUGAUUGGCGAUGGAUUUUUGUUUCCCAUGUGUUAAUUAGGCCGGUUCGAUCGGCGGGGAUUUGUCCUAUCUUUAAUCUGUGGCAUUACAUUUGUUCAUUAUUAUAAAUGAUUGAUGCACGCCUCGGUCGUUAUAUAUAAAGGGCUCUUCAUUUGUGUUAUCGCACUCCUACCCCAAUUCUCAACUUGUUAGCAAAGCUCGCUUCAAGUGUACUUGGAUCAUGGGGUUGGAUGAAGAAGUGGCAGCGGCCAAUGAACUGGCUUACCAGCCCAUGAAGAAUUCAAGACAAGGUGGAUUCAAGGCCACCUAUUUCAUAUUUGCCAUGAUGUUCCUGGACAACAUAGGAUUUGUGGCUAACAUGGUGAGCAUGGUUUUGUACUUCAUGUUUGUCAUGAACUUCGACCUCUCCGGCUCCUCCACCACCACGACCAACUAUCUAGGAACCGUGUUCUUGCUGACCCUUGUCGGUGGGUUCAUCUCGGACACCUACAUGAGUCGUCUCAACACCGCCCUCCUCUUCGGCGCUAUUGAGCUCGCGGGAUAUCUGUUGGUGAUCAUCCAAUCCCACUACAAGAACCUCCAACCCGCACCGUGUGCGGAAUCCACGUGCGUUCAUGGCUCAAAGGCUCUCUUGUUCUACAUAUCGUUAUGCCUUCUGGCCCUUGGAGGAGGAGGCGUAAGAGGCUCAAUCCCUGCGCUUGGGGCUGACCAGUUCGACCACCGCAACCCGAAGGAGAAGAAGGACAUUGCCAGUUUCUUCAACUGGUUCUUGCUCAGCAUCACCAUUGGAGCCACCAUCGGAGUGACCUUCGUGGUCUAUUUGAGCACGGAGGUGAGGUGGGAUGUCGGAUUUGCGGUCUCGCUCUGUUGUUCCUUUUUCGGGCUUGUGUUCCUGGCCACGGGGAAGAGGUUUUAUAGGGUCCGUGUGCCCGGAGAGAGCCCCCUAUUGAGUAUCCUUCAGGUUUUGGUGGUGGCAGUGAAGAACUGGAGAAAAGAGGCGCCCAAAGCCGCAGACGAGCUGUACGAGCUGCGAGAUCGCAAGUCCAUGAGGAGAGGAGAGCUCAUCCCCCACACUCCUCAAUUCGGGUUUUUGGACAAAGCAGCAAUCCUCCCCAAGGGCACAGACCCAGCAAAAUGGAAGGUGUGCACAGUGACUCAAGUGGAGGAAGUCAAGAUCCUGACCAGGAUGAUGCCAAUCUUCCUAAGCACCAUUCUCAUGAACACAUGCCUUGCCCAAUUGCAGACCCUCUCGGUCCAACAAGGCACCCUCAUGAACACAAAACUCGGCCACUUCCGAGUCCCUCCGGCCUCCAUCCCGGUCAUCCCUCUAGUCUUCAUGUCCAUUCUCAUCCCCAUCUAUGAGUUCGCCUUCAUCCCUGUCAUCCGGAGGUUCACGGGCCACCCGAAUGGGAUCACUCACCUUCAGAGGGUCGGGGUCGGGCUUGUCCUCGCAGCCAUCUCCAUGGGCAUCGCCGGGCUUGUGGAGGUCAAGAGGAAGCACGAGCUCCUCCGACAUGACCACAGGAUCAGCCUCUUCUGGCUCUCGAUCCACUAUGCGGUCUUCGGGAUCGCCGACAUGUUCACAUUCGUGGGCCUGCUGGAGUUCUUCUACAGCGAGGCCCCCCUGGGCAUGAGGUCGCUCUCAACCUCCUUCUCCUGGCUUUCUCUGUCGAUCGGGUACUACCUGAACUCGGCGUUCCUUGGGCUCAUCGAGACGGUGACCAAGAGAAUGGGCAAGAGCAAGAAAGGCUGGCUACAAGGGAGGGACCUGAACGCGAACCACGCGGAGCGGUUCUACUGGUUCCUGGCCAUCCUCAGUGUGCUCAACUUUGUGAAUUACUUGUUCUGGGCAAACUGGUACAAGUACAAGGACAAUGUGCUUGGGGAUGAGGAGAUGCUUCUCAGAGCGGGGCCUAAUAACAACGGCGCCACAAACGACUCGAUCUCUACUAGCGUGAGCUUUGUUUCUCGGACUCAAGAUUUCUCCGCGACCCCAGAGAAAGAAGCAGAGAGGACAUCGAACUAGAGGGAACUGACGCAAUUUUCGGACUGCUCAUGAUUUCGUGAUGAACUAAAGACUGCACUAGGAUCUGGUGCUGUAUAAGGGUAGCGAAUGAAAUGCCAUGUUGACAGGGUUUUUAAGAGUACAUGUGAGAGCAAGCUAUCCUGCAAUCCGACCUGUCAUCUGCUCCCCAAAUUUGGGA